UCACCACCUUAAAGUCGGUGUCUCUAAGCUCUGAAGAAUCGUCGGGAUACCAUAAUCAAUCAAAUUCCGUACCUUUUAGUUUUACUAAUAAAUAAUGUCCAGAGAAAAGGAAGAGAAUGCCGCUGAGCUCAAAAUUGGAGAUGAGUUUUUGAAGGCGAAAUGUCUUACCAAUUGUGAAGUUGCGCUCAUUCUUGAACGUAAAAUGUCUGAUGAUCCACUAAAUCAUCAAGUUUCUCAGGUGUUUGAGAAGUCUCUGCAAUAUGUAAAGCGGUUUAGCCGCUACAAAAAUCCUGAUGUAGAUGCAGUUAGACAAGUUCUAAGCAGAUAUCAAUUGGCUGAAUUUGAGCUUUGUGUGCUUGGCAAUCUCUGUCCUGAAACUGUGGAAGAAGCUAUUGCUAUGGUACCAUCUAUAAAGACCAAAUUGGAAGGGCAAACGAUGAUGAAGCUAUAUUGAUCAAAAAAUAUUGAAUGAUUUAUCAUUAAUAAAGAAAUUUGAGAAGCGGCCCAUGCUAUUUUUUCUUAAACGUAGUGAACAGAAUUACACAUGAUUAACAAUGCAAUAAACCGCCAUAAUCGGCAAGGGAAUCUCUUUAAACCAUAAUAACUCAUUGUCUAUCCGAAGGACAUGUUUUGCCUACCAUGCUACUUUUAUCUACUAAUAUAAUUAAGAAAAAUUAGAAUUUGGAAGAAUUUUUUUAACAUGGGAUUUCCAUGUUAAUUAUUAGAAUAUCCGCCCUUUGUUUGAAUGUAAA